AUUCAAUCAGACAAAAUGGAGUCUCAACCGACAGCCAAAGCGUUACACAACCGCAUCAACAACAACAUCUCCCAACUCCUCCAGCGCUUCGAAAACAUCAUGGCAACAGCAACAGUCGAAAACACAAGCCACACCUCCACCGCCGUCGAAACCUACCAACUCGACGUUGAAUCAACAGCCUUGGUCCGCGCCGCAGAAGACAUCCUCUCCCUAACCCGCGUCAUGAAAGAAACCUGGCUCUUCGGAAAACUGGAUACAUUAGGUGAAGACGAGCGCGAUGUUAAGCGGAGGGAGGAAUUGGAGGGUGAUGCGGAGGCUAUGCGGAAGGUUAUUGAGGAGGGAGGUCUUUUGAAAUAGUUUCUUUUGUCUGGGUUAUUGGGAUGAUAUUGGUGUUUUGGUGUUGAUAUUGAUAUGGGGGGUUACUAUGGUGUUGAUUGGCGUUAUAAGCUUGGAUGCUAUAUUUGGUUUGAAUUGUACGAAAAUAUGUAUUGUGAAUAGAUACCCUUGGAAAAUACCUUUUACUUAAC